AUGGCUGGCGUGCAAGCCCUCCUCGCUCGCCGUCCCGCCUUUCUGCUCGGCGCGCCACCGCCUGACUCCGCCGCCCGCGGGCUUCUCUCCGGCGCAGGCCGCGCCAUCCCGCGCCCGCACGGUCCUUUCUCGGAUAGGCGGGGGUUUAGGCGGGCUUACGUCGGCAUUAGCAGCAAAGGAGAGAAUCGAGUAUUUUGCGCGUAUAGCGGCGAUGGCGGGGCGACGAGUAGAGCAGCGGACGGAUCGAUAGAGCCAGACAUUGAGAGGGACUGGGUGCGGCAAAGCGCGAGUGGCGUUUCACCAUCACGCUCACAGGCGCAGGAGCAGUGCGAGUCGCCCGCUCCCCAUGGCCCGCCAUCUCCGCCUGCUGCUUCCCACAACGUCCUUGUCCCGCGGGCCCUUGCCCCCCCCCUCGCAUCCGCGGCUCUCGCUCUCCUCCUCGCCCUCGCGCCCUUCGCGACUCGCCCGCCGGCCCUCGCGCAAGCACCCCCCGCGGGGACUGCGGCGACUGUGGCGGAGACGAGUAGCGGGAGGCGCGAGGCACGAAGCAAGGCUGCGGGGCGGCGGAAGGAAAAGCGCGCGGAGGGUGGAACAUCCUCAGCGCGGGGGAGCAAGAGUGCUGUGGGGGGGUGGGAAGCAGCAGGAGGCGGACAAGCGGGGGACGUGGGGACGUUGGGGGAGGCAGACGCGGGGAGCCGGCGGGCGGAGGAGAGGCUGGAGGCAUUCCAGAGGACAGCGGCGGCUGCGGUGACGGCGGAGGAGGUGGGCGCGGUUGAGCGCGCGUACCAGGCGGAGUGGGCGCGGAGCAUGCGGGAGAGCGAGGCGCGGCAGGCGCGGCUGCUGGACGAGCUGGUGGGCGCGCGCAUGGCGCUGGCGGAGAGAGAAGAAGCGCUGGAGCGCGCGCGGGAGAGAGUCGCGGAAGGGGAAGCGGCGGAGAGCAAGGGGCGGGAGGAGGAAGGCGGGGAAGAGGCAGGGAAGAGCGAAGAAGGGGCGGCAGGUAAGGGGAGUCGGGCAGGGGGCAAGGCGAAGGGGAGGAAGGGGAAGGGUGCGGCAGGGGCAGGGGGAGACGAAGGGGCGGGCAGUGUGCGCGCGUGCAGGCGGGCCGUGGAGGCGGCGCAGCGGCGCGCUGACGAGGCGGCGGCGGCAGUGGUGGCAGCGGGGCAGCAGGCGGAGGGGCGGCUGGCGCGCAUGUGGGAGGCACUGGGGGAGGCGAAGAGGAGGGUGCAUGGGGAGGUGGCAGGGGGCGCGAGCGCGGACGGGGAGGGCGGCGAGGGGGAAGCGGGGAAGGGAGUGGCGGCGAUGGGGGGUGCGAUGGCGGUGGCGGGCAGGGACGUGCGCGAGUGCCUUGACCACCCCGGCCGGGUGCCUGCUGUGCUGCUCCGAUCGCUCAGACGUGCCGUGGGGGGCGGAGACCCUGCCGCCCCCACUGCCGCUGCUGCUGGUGGUGAUGCAGGGCAGGGGGCGGAGCAGGCAAGGCCAGAAGGGGCAGCGGGCCUGAAGGCACUGAGUGCAGCGGAGGAGGCAGCAGCGGAUGCUCAGGUGCUGGCGUGGCACAAGUGGGCGGCGGAACAACGGGCAGCGGCAAAGAAGCAGAUUGUGAGCAGCCGAGGCAAGGCCAAGGCGUUUGCAGCUGAGAAGCAGGCGGAGGUGCUGGCAGCGCGCGACCGGGUGAUGGGGGAGGCCACGCUCAACACGGGCGUCACCUCGCCACUGCUGGGGGGUGGCCCCGAGGGGCGGUGGGAGCUGACAGCAGCGGGGCUGUGGGAGGCGCUCUCGCACUCGCUGCUCUCCUCCGUGUCGCUGCGCCACGACCGCCGUGCCGCCCUGCUGCGCCUCAAGGCCGACCCGCGCCUCUUCUUUGUCGACCUAUCCGCGUGGGACAGCUGGCGCCACGCCACUGGCGGCACCGACGAGCUGCUGCUGCGCCUGCGGGUGGCGGGCGUGCCGACGCGGGUGGAGGUGAUGUGGGUGCCAGUGAGGGAGUGGGACCCCGCCUCGCUCUACGCGCUGCCGGCGCGUGUGGUGGGGCACGCGGCGCACUCGCUGUCGUCAGCGGGGCCGGUGCAGGUGGCGCUGCAGUGGUACGUGGGCACGGCGGGCGAGGCAGCAGAGGAGACGUUCUUCCGCUUCGUGUGGCCCGCCAUGCCACGCGCGCUCAAGGCGCUGCUCAAGCUCGACUACUCGGAGGGCGCGGCGGCAGGCGACGUGGUGGCACUGGAGCGCAUGGGGUGGCUGGCGGCCGCUGAGAGGCGCUUCGCGAAGCGCAGCAGCAUGGCGGGCAGGUGGGCGUGGUGGCUGGUGCUGCCCGCCAAGGCCGCUGUGGCGCUCUUCCCCCUGCGCUGGGCCGCCCUCCCCGCUGCUGCCCUGGCGCAGCGCCUGCUGGUGGGCGCGCCGGGGCCGGAGAGUGAGACGGCGUACAAGACGCGGCUGGGGAAGGAGCUGCUGCGGCGCGUGGGCAAGCAGGAGGAGGAUGAGGAGAAGGCGAAGAAGGAGAAGAAGGUCAAGGACUCCAUCCGAGAGGCCUUCGACCGCAUGAAGCGAGUGCGGAGGCCGGCGGUGCGGCUGAGCGAUUUCGCGGGGAUGGACGCGGUGAAGGAGGAGGUGCAGGAGGUGAUCACCUUCCUGCGCGACCCCUCCUCCUUCCAACGCCUCGGCGCCCGCCCGCCCCGGGGCGUGCUGAUAACGGGGGGGUCGGGCGUGGGCAAGAGCAGUUUGGCGCUGGCGAUAGCAGCAGAGGCGAGGGUGCCGGUGGUGGACAUCAAGUCCAGCGAUGUGGACCCGGGGGGGUUCGUGGGGCAGGGCGCUGCCAACGUGCGCGAGCUCUUCAAGAUGGCGCGUGAGAUGGCGCCCAUGCUGAUCCUGAUGGAGGACUUUGAGGAGAUAGGCGGGGUGCGCGGGGCGGCCAUGGACACGCGCCUGCAGGACAAGGAGGCCAUCAUCAACCAGCUGCUCGUUGAACUCGACGGGUCCGCCUCCCCCCCUCCCCCCCUCCUGCGCUCGCCGCUUCCCUCGCCUUCGCCUCUCUGCGCCCAUAACCUCAUGCGAAUUGCACUCGCAUUCACUUGCUGUCCAAUGCACCCUACUUACUAUCCUCCCCUUGCUUCGCUCCCCUCUGCCCCAUGUUGUCAUUCGAGCCUCGCCUUAGACCGCUCUCACGCCUCCUGCUCGUUUUUCUUCUCCCCGUGCUUGUUUGCAGCGCUGCGGAGGCCGGGGCGCAUGGACCGAGUGAUCGAGGUGCCGCUGCCCACGGCGGGCGAGAGGGAGAAGAUUCUGCGCCGCGCCGCCGCCGCCUCCAUGGACCAGCGAUUCGUUGAUGCCGUGGCGGAGCAGACGGGGGGCCUGAAGCCGACGGACCUGAGGGGCAUGCCGCGGCGCAUCCUGCUGGCCGCCGGCACCGACAAGUUACGCGAUGAGGACGAACUGGCGGGCACUCUCAGCAUGCUGGAGGUGAGGCACUCUCAGCAUGCUGGAGGUAUCGUGGGGGUCAAGCUGUACCACUGGGUGGUGCCGGCGCUGCUGCGGCGCGUGCCGGUGCUGCAGCGGUGGGAGAGCGGAGUGGUGGAGCGGCUGGGGCUGGAGCUGACACCGGGGGACGUGCAGCGAGUGCUGCCGGACAUUGACUUCUCCUCGCUCACCGACCUCGGCAUGGACCUCACCCUCCCCGACACCGCCAAGUGGGAUCGUGCUGAGAAGCUUCCGCAUGCGGUGUGGGCAGCAGGGAGGGGUGUGCUGGCAGCGCUGCUGCCGAGCUUUGACCGCGUCGACAACAUCUGGCUCAACCCCAACAGCUGGGAGGGCGUGGGGUUCACGCGCUUCACGCGUGCCGCCGAGGGCUCGCUGGGCGGGGCGGACGGCAGUGCGGAGGCGGGCGGCGGCGGCGUGGUGAGCCGCGCGUACACGGAGCAGAGCCUGGUGGCGCUGUUCGGGUCGCACAUCGCCGCCGCGCUGCUGCUGCCCUGGGGGCACUCCAACAGCCUCGCCACCCCGCAGCUACAGCAGGCCUACCAGGUGCAGGGGGCUGGGGGGAAUUGGGGGCCGGGAAGGCAACGGGGGGAGGAGGGGGAGUUGGGGGAAGUGGCAACAGCUGGAAGGGCGCUUCUUGAUUCGAGAGGGAAAGGGUAG